GCGGAGGGAUCCGCGGGGGGCGGUGCUGCGGCCGGCUCGGAUCACCUUGGCGGGGCGCGGGGGCGGCGCGCAGAGCGGCGGCGGCGCUCGGAGAGGCAGGACCAGUGCGGGGCGCGGCUGAGCGGCGGCAGACACAGGAAUCGAGCGACCAUGUCGAAGCACCACGAUGCAGGGACUGCUUUCAUCCAGACCCAGCAGCUCCACGCUGCCAUGGCUGACACCUUCCUGGAGCACAUGUGCCGCCUGGACAUUGACUCAGAGCCCACCAUCGCCAGGAACACCGGCAUCAUCUGUACCAUUGGCCCAGCCUCCCGCUCUGUGGAGAAGCUGAAGGAAAUGAUUAAAUCUGGAAUGAAUGUUGCCCGCCUCAACUUCUCUCACGGCACCCAUGAGUAUCAUGAGGGCACAAUCAAGAACGUGCGAGAAGCCACAGAGAGUUUUGCCUCUGAUCCCAUCACCUACAGACCUGUGGCUAUUGCACUGGACACCAAGGGACCUGAAAUCCGAACUGGACUCAUUAAGGGAAGUGGCACAGCAGAGGUGGAGCUGAAGAAGGGCGCACAGCUCAAAGUGACUCUGGACAAUGCCUUCAUGGAGAACUGCGACGAGAACACACUGUGGGUUGACUACAAGAAUCUCACCAAGGUUGUAGACAUUGGCAGCAAAAUCUACGUGGAUGAUGGUCUGAUUUCCUUGCUGGUUAAGGAAAAAGGCAAGGACUAUGUCAUGACUGAGGUCGAGAACGGUGGGAUGCUCGGCAGCAAGAAGGGUGUGAACCUGCCCGGUGCUGCCGUCGACCUGCCCGCGGUCUCUGAGAAGGACAUUCAGGACCUCAAAUUCGGUGUGGAGCAGAACGUGGACAUGGUGUUUGCCUCCUUCAUCCGCAAAGCCUCCGAUGUCCACGCUGUCAGGAAGGUGCUGGGGGAGAAGGGAAAGAACAUCAAGAUCAUCAGCAAGAUCGAGAACCACGAGGGUGUGCGCAGGUUUGAUGAGAUCAUGGAGGCCAGCGAUGGCAUUAUGGUGGCCCGUGGUGACCUGGGAAUCGAGAUCCCAGCUGAAAAAGUCUUCCUCGCCCAGAAGAUGAUGAUUGGGCGCUGCAACAGGGCUGGCAAACCCAUCAUCUGUGCCACUCAGAUGUUGGAGAGCAUGAUCAAGAAGCCGCGGCCGACGCGCGCCGAGGGCAGCGACGUGGCCAACGCGGUGCUGGACGGCGCCGACUGCAUCAUGCUGUCCGGGGAGACAGCCAAGGGUGACUACCCUCUGGAGGCUGUGCGCAUGCAGCACGCGAUCGCUCGGGAGGCCGAGGCCGCAAUGUUUCAUCGUCAGCUCUUCGAGGAGAUUUUACGGCUCAAUGUUAACAACAGGGACCCUGCCGAUGCCAUGGCAGCGGGCGCGGUGGAGGCCUCUUUUAAGUGCUUAGCUGCAGCCCUGCUAGUCCUGACCGAGUCCGGCAGGUCGGCACACCUGGUGUCGCGGUACCGCCCGCGCGCCCCCAUCAUUGCCAUCACCCGCAACGAGCAGACAGCUCGCCAGGCCCACCUGUACCGUGGCAUCUUCCCCGUGCUCUGCAAGGACCCCGCCCAGGACGCCUGGGCUGAGGACGUGGAUCUGCGCGUCACCCUGGGAAUGAACGUCGGCAAAGCCCGUGGGUUCUUCAAGAGCGGCGACCUGGUCAUCGUGCUGACGGGCUGGCGCCCUGGCUCCGGCUACACCAACACCAUGCGUGUGGUGCCCGUUCCCUGAGCACCAGACUCAGCCUUCCCUUCCCCUGCCCACCUCCCUUCCCACCUUCCCUCCCCAUCUCCCCUUGCAUUAGACCAGCCAUCGCUUGCGCUGUUCUCCUUGUCCCUAGAGUGGAUGUAGGUUGCUAAACACCACCCAGUGCAGCAGCAGCAGGGGCAAGAGACCUUAAAUCACUAAAAGAAAUAUACUUGAAGUGUUUAGUUUUUUAAAAAACCUCUCCCCCGUAGUGAAGUCCUGCCUUGAUGUGUGUUGGAGUCGGCAUAGGAGGUUCCUGGUGACUGUCCUCAGGGUGUAAAAUGUCCCUUUCCUGGCCCUGCUUUGGGGGGUUGGGGAAGGAGAGAGGCGACGUGGGAUCAGCGGUUCCGCCAGACCCCUCCUCGCUCGAGGCAAGCUGCUACUCACCCCCUCCCAUGGGGCCUCACACCUCCCCAGGCCCAGUCCCAGGUGACUCCAGCCCCCUCUCUCGUUAUUUUGGGCAUGGGGGGCAGGAGGAGGGUGUUGGCUCCGUGCAAGAGCUUCCCGUGCUCCCCUACAGCGUUGUCUCCUGUGUUAGUCAUGUCCCCCCCACCGCCCCAGAGCCCCCCCCCUCACCCAGCACUCCGAUGGGCCUUGGGGUGGGAGAGCACAACUGUCCAUCAAUAAAGAGAAGCUGAAGCACCU